AUGCAGCGGGCGGCGGCCCUGGUCGGGCGGCGCUGCGGCCCCGGAGCCCCGGGCCCGUGGGGUCGGCGUCGGAGCAGCGCGGCCGCGGGGGCCUCGGCGCUGCAGGUGCGGCCGGCGCGGGGCCGGCGCGAGCGCAUCCUGACGCCCGAGUCCAUGAACCCGCAGGUGAAGGCGGUGGAGUACGCGGUGCGGGGGCCCAUCGUGCUCAAGGCCGGCGAGAUCGAGCUGGAGCUGCAGCGGGGUAUCAAGAAACCGUUCACCGAGGUCAUCCGCGCCAACAUCGGGGACGCCCAGGCCAUGGGCCAGCAGCCUAUAACCUUCCUCCGACAGGUGAUGGCACUGUGCACCUACCCCAACCUGCUGGACAGCCCCAGCUUCCCAGAAGAUGCUAAGAAACGAGCCCGGAGGAUCCUACAGGCUUGUGGCGGGAACAGCCUGGGGUCCUACAGUGCCAGCCAGGGCGUCAACUGCAUCCGCGAGGACGUGGCCGCCUACGUCACCAGGAGGGACGGUGGGGUGCCCGCGGACCCCGACAACAUUUACCUGACCACUGGAGCCAGCGACGGCAUUUCUACGAUCCUGAAGAUCCUGGUGUCCGGGGGUGGCAAGUCGCGGACGGGCGUGCUGAUCCCCAUCCCACAGUACCCCCUCUACUCGGCCGUCAUCUCCGAGCUCGACGCCAUCCAGGUGAACUACUACUUGGACGAGGAGAACUGCUGGGCCCUCGACGUGAACGAGCUCCGGCGGGCCGUGCAGGAGGCUAAGGACCACUGUAACCCCAAGGUGCUGUGCAUCAUCAACCCCGGGAACCCCACAGGUCAGGUGCAAAGCAGGAAGUGCAUAGAGGACGUCAUCCACUUUGCCUGGGAAGAGAAGCUCUUUCUCCUGGCAGAUGAGGUGUACCAGGACAACGUGUACUCUCCGGACUGCAGAUUCCACUCCUUCAAGAAGGUGCUCUACGAGAUGGGGCCCGAGUACUCGAGCAACGUGGAGCUUGCGUCCUUCCACUCUACCUCCAAGGGCUACAUGGGCGAGUGUGGCUACAGAGGAGGCUACAUGGAGGUGAUCAACCUGCACCCCGAGAUCAAGGGUCAGUUGGUGAAGCUGCUCUCCGUGCGGCUGUGCCCCCCGGUGUCCGGGCAGGCUGCCAUGGACAUCGUCGUGAACCCGCCGGUGCCCGGGGAGGAGUCCUACGAGCAGUUCCACAGGGAGAAGGAGUCGGUGCUGGGGAACCUGGCGGCGAAGGCCAAGCUGACGGAGGACCUGUUCAACCAGGUCCCAGGGAUCCACUGCAACCCCCUGCAGGGUGCCAUGUACGCCUUCCCUCGGAUCUUCAUCCCCAGCCGAGCCGUGGAGGCCGCACAGGCGCACGAGAUGGCCCCCGACAUGUUCUACUGCAUGAAGCUCCUGGAGGAGACCGGCAUCUGCGUGGUGCCUGGCAGCGGCUUCGGGCAGAGGGAAGGCACCUACCACUUCAGGAUGACCAUCCUCCCCCCGGUGGAGAAGCUGAAGACCGUCCUGCAGAAGGUGAAGGACUUCCACAUGACGUUCCUGGACAAGUACGCCUGAGGACCGCUGGCCUCGGCCUCCCUCUGGGCGCCUGGCCGCCCCGCGCUGGACUCGCCGCCCCAGCGGCCUGGCCUCAGGCCUCACGGAGGUCACCAGUCGCUCUCAUUGUCAUUUUGCCCCAAGAGACUUCUUUCCUUGUGCCUUGAUGUCGGGAGCUCUUCUCUUCUGAGCAAUGUGAUGGGGGGUAACUCGGAAGUCCUGGGUGUUUUUUUUUUUUUUCUUUCUUUUUUUGAAGCAACCAAAGUAGAGGGGACUUGCUCAGCACAGGUGGCCGGUGUUCUCUGAAUUGUCGCUGCUUUCGGGGAGGUCCUUUGGGGUCUAGAACAGCCAGGGUGUGUAGGGGGAGAGGUUUCUCUUCCGAAGACACGAGCAGGUGUCGGGAAACGUGUGACGACCGACCGUGGCCAGGGCUGGGAUCCUAACCUCACCACCGUGAUCUGUGAAAUAAAACCCUCAGCGGUGUGAA